AUGAUGGCGUUGCCGAGGCUGAGAAUCGAACCAGGGGUGUUAGCAUUUAGCUUCGAGGCGGGGAAGGAGCUCCGCACGCGCGUGAAGAUCCACAACGACUACUCCAAGGACGUCAUCAUCACGAUAAAGCCGGGCACGGUGCGCAAGUACGAGGUGAAGGACGGCACCAAGAUUGUCGUGCCUGAAGGCUCCUCCUUCCUCCUCACUGUGUCGUGCCUGCCACUGUCGUCCAUGCCCUUCUGGCCCGAUGCCUUCGUGCUGGCAUGCCACAUGCCCGCUGACAAGUUCACCCGCCGCCUCACGCUGCACACGCCCAUGUCAGCACUGCGCGCCGUGUGCCAGAUGAAGCUGCCAGUGCUCUUCACAGACGAAGUCACCAAGGGGGUGGCGGAGGAGCAGCACGCGCUGGCCCAGGCACAGAAGAACAAGGAGAAGGCGAAGGAGAAGGAGAAGGAGAAGCAGGCGCAGGCGCCAGCACUGAAAACCGUGAAGGGAGGAGAGGAGGGCAGGAAGGAAGACGCGGAAGGGACGGGAUCUCAGGGGGGGAAGGGGGGGAAGGGAGGGAAGGUGAGAUUUGCAGGAGAGGCGUCUCUGAAGGGGGGGAUUUCGCGUGUGUGGAAGGGAAGCGCAGCAAAAAAAGAGGAGGAGGAGGAGGCGAGGAGGAUGGAGGAGGCGAGGAGGAGGGAGGAGGAGAGGAGGCGGCGGGAGGAGGAGGAGAAGCGGUUGAUGGAGAGGGCGGAGAGGAGGGAGGAGAUGAGCGGGCAGUCUAUGGACCGGCUGCUCUCAUCAAUUGCUGCUAAGGACAAGAGCCACGUCUAUGUGCUGUCCCAUGACUUUCAACCUCUCAGUGCCCCCCUCACCUUGCUCGCUCCCCGCCCCCUCCCCUCUCAGCUAUGGAUGGAUGCUUUCUCAAGACGUAACGCCUCAAGCUGCUCUCCCUUCUCCCCAUCGCCUCUCCCCCUCCUCUCCUCGCAGCUGUGGGAGCUCUUCCACAAGGCGUCACGUGCGGUCUUCCGACUCCUAAGUGUUCCCUCUCUGUGUCCCCCCCCAUAUCCUCCCCUCUCAGCUGUAGGAGCUGUUCCUCAAGACCUCAUGCGUGGUCUUCAACCUGCUGCCUGCUCUCUCGCUCCCUCCUACCCUCCCUUCUUUCCCUUUUCUCCGCCCCUCUCCCCCCUCCUCGCAGCUGUGGGAGCUCUUUCUCAAGACGUCAAGGGCGGAUUUUAUGCUGCUCUCCCUUCUUCCCCCUUCCCCCACCCACCCCCCUUCACCCCCUUCCCCCCUCUCCCCCCCUCUUCUCAGCUGUGGGAGCUCUUUCUCAAGACCUCACGGGCGGAUUUCAAGCUGCUGCAGCAGCGCCUGGAGGCCGCUCUGCUGGAGGCGCAGGCAGUCAAGUCGCAACUGAUCAUGGACCUGCCAGCCCUCACCGUCUCCUUCUCAAGCCUCUCCGACUCCUUGCUCCCCUCGCCCUCCAAAUUCUCCUCCGCACCCUUCCGCGACAGCAGCAGCUUCGCACCACCACCGCACUCCACCGCUCCCUACGUCUCUCGCUCCUUCUCCAACAACCAAUUAAACCCCCGCACCAGCAGCAGCGCGGAACUCACCAACCUGCGCCCGCCCUCCACCCCAAAUCCCACCACGUCCGAAUCCGCCCUGCUCCCAGUGUCCCUCUCCUCGCUCUCCGCCCAUCCCUCCUCUCUGGCGUCCUCCUCCAGCAGUCUGCAGCUGGGCGGGUCAGGGGGGUCGCGCACGCUGAGCAAGUGGGGCACGGGGGGGAAGAGUGCGGUGGAGAAGGAGCUACAGCGGAAGGAGAUGAUGCGGCGGGCGCUGAUUGAGGAGAAUAAUGAGUUGAAGGAUCGGUUGGAGGAGAGGGAGAAGAAGGAGAGGCAGGCGAUUCGCAAGGCGGAAGUUAUGAAGCAGGACGCGGACACGACGAGGAGCCAUUUGCAGGCGAUGCAGCAGCGGCUGGAGGAGGAGGAGGCACAGCGGCAGACGCUGCUGACAGAGCUGCAGGCGCUCAGAGCCCAGGUGCUGAGCGGAGGACAGCAGCCGCAGCAGGUGCCGCAGCAGCAGCAACAGCAGCAGCAGCAGCAGCAACAACAAGGGGUUGUGGAGGAGGAGAAGGAGGAGAAGCAGCAGCAGAGGGAAGAGCGUCAGCAGCAGCAGCAGCAGCAGCAGUGGGAGAGUGAGGAGCAAGCAGGGGAGUCGCAGGGGGAGACAGACCAUGAGCAUGAGCAUGCGCAUGCGCAUGAGCAUGAGCAUGCGAAUGCAGACAAGCAAGGCGAGGAGGGGUUGCAGGCGAGUGACCAGAGUAGUGAGAACGCGGAGGAGAGGGCGAAGAGGAAGGAGAAGAAGGAGAAGAAGGAGAAGAAGAGUAAGGAGGAGAAGAAGGAGAAGAAGAAAUCCAAGGAGAAGAAGGCAAAGGAGAGCUCGAAAGAGGGAGUGACUGACGGGGAGGAGGAAACGCAGCAGCAGCAGCAGGAGGCGCAACAGCAGCAGCAAGAGCAGCAAGAGCAGCCAGAGCCUGAUUUUAUGUCCAGGGGGCGUGGGAAGCUGGUCAUUCCCUUUGACGACGACGACGAUGACGAUGCAUAA